AUGGUGGAGAGAACGAUGAGUCUGGGGAUUGGAGGCAACGGAGAAACCUCGGGGGUGAGAGAAACGAUGUGGGCGCAGCAGGAGCUUCUUCAGAAAAUCAGUCAGGAGCUUGACGCCGAGCGAGAAGCGUCUUCAUCGGCUGCUUCCGAGGCCUUGUCGAUGAUUCUCCGGCUUCAGGGGGAGAAAGCAGCGCUGGAGAUGGAGGCUAGUCAGUACAAGAGAAUGGCGGAGGAGAAGAUGACACACGCCGAGACUUCUCUCGCGCUCUUCGAAGAUCUGAUUUACCAGAAGGAAAUGGAGAUCGCAUCUCUCGAAUUUCAGGUCCAGGCUUACCGAUGCAAAUUACUCAGCGUCGGAUGCUCCGAUCCGGCCGUCAGCGAGAAUCGGUUCCCGGAAAACCUCAUCUUCUUCGGCGACACCUCUCGUGUGAAUCAGAAGAUGAAGAUGAAGCGAAAUCUCUCGAGCCCAUUCGAUGGCAUGACGAGUGAGAGAAGACUGCUUCUCUCUGAUAGUAGUGGUGAAAGCUUUGAGGAAAAGAAAGGUCUUGAGAAUGCUUUAUCACCUCGUGAAGACUUGAACGCGUAUUGGGAACAGAUCAGGAAGAUAGAUGAGCAUGUUCGUGAGAUCUCAGACUCGAGAGAGACUCCAAAGGAAACCAAGUUCCCUUUGCUUAGGCGUGAGUCUUUGUCGCAUACAUUGGUGUCACAGGUCAGCAAUACAAUCCUCGCGUCGGCCAAGAGUGACGUGAGUUCGAUAAUGGAGAUGAUGAAGAACCAUGACAGACUCUCUGUUAAAGAUUCAUCUUCAGAGUCUCCGAUUCGGUCUCCGAAUGUGCAGGACAUAUUCGAGGUUCCAAAGACGAAGGAGAGCCUUACGAUUAUCUCCGAAGAGGAAGAGGAACUUGAAGAACGAAAUGUUAGAGGGAAGAUGUUGAGUAGUAAUUACGAAAGGAAAGUGAGUAGGCCGCCGAGAGAUACGAGCAUCAAGUCUGAACAUAUGAGCUUGCUAAAGGAGAUUCGAGAGCAGCUCAAUGUAAUGCAGUCAGAGAUGAGAAGCUUGAGAUCAGAACUGCAUCAAACUCAAGUUACUCAACAUAUCUCUCAUCAGGAGGAGGAUCGAGCACUUAACUCAAUUCAAGAGGCAAUGAUUCACUUUUGGCUUUAG